UCCAGGAAACCACAGAAUUCGGUGCAAUAUUUGUUUUUAAGAGCGUAUGAACACAUUAAAGACGUUACUCCAUAAAUUCAGCUGCCAUGAAAAAACAAAAGCUCUGAAGACGCAGCAGAAAGUUGAGCUUCGACACGGUGAACCCGCCACACGGUAAACCCGCCACACGGUGAACCCGCCACACGAAAAAAACACCUAAAGAAGCUCCGUGGAGCUCCACCCACACCACGUCAGACCCGACCGUCCACAGGUGUCACAACCCGGUUAUUUCCUCUAUCAGCUGAGGGAGAACAGCCGAUUCCCAGCCGACGCGCUUGUCUGAGUCAGCCUCUUAUUGGAUCCAGCGUGUCGGUGAGGCCGCGGAAAGUUCCCUGAAGUUCGCCGGGCAGAGAGCGCGAGAGGCGGGGGGAAGCGGAGGACUGAGCGAGGAGGAGCUCCGGGACUUCCACCGCCGAUCUGCGGGCUCUGUGCGGGCUCUGAGGUCUGGGAUGGCGGCCGUGAAGGCUCUGCAGCAGUGGUGCAGGAUCCAGUGUGAGGGCUACCGGGAUGUGUCCAUCACCAACAUGACCACGUCCUUCAGGGACGGCCUGGCUUUCUGCGCCCUCAUCCACAAACACAGACCCGACAUCAUCAACUUUGAUUCCCUGAAGAAGGAAGAUGUCUACGACAACAACAAGCUGGCUUUUAAAGUUGCAGAAGAACAACUGGGGAUUCCGGCUCUGCUGGAUGCGGAAGACAUGGUGGCUCUUAGGGUUCCUGACCGCCUCAGUAUCUUGACGUACGUCUCUCAGUACUACAACUACUUCCAUGGACGUUCCCCAAUUGGCGGCAUGGCAGGUAUAAAGCGUCCAGCAGAGGGCGCCGAUGACGAACCUUCAGGGAAGAAGAACCAGCCGGUGACUGCUAAGGUGUUUCCAGGAUCUAAACCCAGCAGGGAGAACAGUCCUCCCCGCUCUCCCAACGUUACGAAGCCGUCUCCGUCACCUAAACAGAUCAGAAGUUCAACGCAGGAUCAUCAGGUUGAGAAAUCUCAUGCAGGAACUUUAAGCAACAAAUGUGUGUCGUGUAACAAACAUGUUCACCUGGUGCAGCGACACCUAGUAGAGGGAAAGCUCUAUCACAGGAACUGUGCAAGGUCUCUUUCGACGAAUACCAGCUCCCCGUUUCGCGAUCUUCCCUCAAACACCCACAUUUCCAAAUUCACUCCCCAAGCCGAACAAAGUAAACCCGCCACAGUGGCCCCGGCUAAAACACCGUCCAGACUGGGGCCGGUGUGGGUGACGGAGAAGCCCGGCUCUCCUCCGAAUGGCUCCAGUUCGUUUUCUGCUUCACCUGUCUCAGCUCCUGCUUCGGAAACACCAAAGGUUCCCGUGUCCAAACUGCCUACCUUUACAACAGGUGUCAGCACCAAGCCCACGGCUGCUCCCCAGACCUCCAUCACCGUGGCCAAAACGUGGGAGUCAAAAAUGAAGUUUUUACAGUCGGAUGACGGCGCCAAUCACGAGGAGAAAAAGACGUCAGUCUUCAGUACAACUGUGAAUAAAGGCCAGGCCGCGAACAGCAAGGGGCAGGACGUGUUGCCGGGUCAGACUGUAACCAUGGUUGUCAAUGUUAAAGAUGUGGAUAAAGGGGGUGCAGCUAAAACAUCUGCUGCGGGUAGCAAGUCGAGUACAAAUGCUAAAGAGUAUGAUGAUAAGACGAGAGCAUCAGCAGCAGCUUUCAUCUCCAAGAAACUUCCUGAGGAGAACAACAACAACAGCAGCAAACCAUCGUGGACAAACAUAGCGCUCCGAAAAACUGACAAACCUCAAGAGGAGACGCCAAAGAAGACUGAAACGGGGGGCGUCAGAGGGAAGGUGAAGCUGAAAGCAGACCCGUCUCUCCUGGCGGAUCUGCAGACUCCAGAGCCUGAAAAGUCUGUUACCGGUGCGGUCGGUCGGAGCGGCCUAAAACCUCCCCAAACCUCCCACAACACAUCAGUGUCAGAAAAUGAGUCUCCUGGAGCCUGGAGGUCAAAGCUCAAGCCUGUCUCCAAAGAAGCAAAACCAGCAGGUCUUCCUCAGUCUUCUCCUAAACCGUACAGUAAUGGAGCGACCAGAACUUCAGAGCCCUCUGGUGGGCCUUCGGCGGUCAGCACCAUCAUUUCUGUGUCAAAGGAAUCUCAGAACGGACCGAAAGAACAAAUUCCCAAUGCCGCAAAGUCCGAGUCACAGAACUCUAAGACGAAGCCCGGCUACAUCCCCAAAGUGGACAUCAUCCGGGAGCUGAAGGAGAUCGAAGAAAACCUAAAUGACCUGGAGAGGAGAGGAGUGGAGCUGGAGUUGAGGCUGCGCAAGAGCGAGGAAGAGGGCGGCGGUGGCGGCGACGACGAAGACGAGCUUAUGGUCGAGUGGUUCACCUUGAUCAGGAACAAGCAGGUGGCCAUGCGUCGUGAGUCAGAGCUUGUGUAUAUAGGACGAACUCAGGAUCUGGAAGAAGAGCAGCCCAGUGUGGAACAGGAGCUCCGGAGGCUGAUGGAGAAACCAGAACAUUUAAAAACGUUCCGGGACAGACAGAGGGAAAAGCACCUCAUGGAGAAACUCAUAGAGAUCGUCAACGAUAGAAACGCUAUCGUAGAAGGUCUGGAUGAGGACAGGCUCAGGGAGGAAGAGGAGGAUGAGGAGCUAAACAAGAUGAUGAUGAAUUUCAGCGUAAAGAAGGACAAAACCAAGAGAAAGUCUCAAAAAUUCAAACUGUUCAGCUGGGGAGGCAAGAAGGACGUAUGAUGCUCCUGGAAACCAAAACCACCUUGUUUUCACAAGCUGCUUCCUCUGAUCUCUGUCAAUUCCUGGGAUAACAUCGAUACGCUGUGUGUGUGUGUGUGUGUGUGUGUGUGUGUGUGUGUGUGUGUGUGUGUGUGUGGGUGUGGGUGUAGGAGAGAGAAAAGAGAAAGAUCCACCACCUUGCAAUGAGAUUUACUUCAGUACUCCAGUCGUUUAGUUCUAAUCUUGUUCUUAUUUUCACCUGUUGACUUUACGCCCCAACAUUCUCAGUGUCUGCCUUGUAUUUCCUUACUUGCAUAAAAUAUUCAAUACUGGA